UUGACUUUAUUCUCGAAACGGGACGAUAGAGAUCACGAGAAACGAGUGAGAGAUCCGAGGUAGCGGCAAACGGAUCUCUCACUCAUUUUUCGUGAUCUCUCACUUUACGGGCCACUUCAAACAAAGAAGAGGGAAUAGCGAGUUGCUUAUUUUGAAGCAGAGACCACUUGCUUAUUUCGAGGCAAUACUGUACAAGUGUAAUUCAUAUUAAUGAAGGGGUGAAGUUGACGAUCGGUGGGGGGCUGCGCGACGUGUCGCAUCACGCGUGAUCGAGGAUGCGUUUUGUUUUCUAAAGUUAGUCGUAAAAAAUCCGUCGAGUAGCAUUGUCGACGGAGCGUUACAUUUUUUUUUCCAUUUUAUUUCGCUCUUUAUGUAUUUAUCACAAUUACAGUUAUUUUCUUAAAUUUCGAUUUACUCGAUCCUACAAGUGGAGGCUCGUCCGAGAUCGAGAGAGGCAGACGGACGUAGAAGAAUUGGAAGACUGAAAAAACAUACGCACGCGAUUGAAUACGCAGUUGUGGUUCGCGAUCGGAUAAGUCGGAUUUAACGGAUGUGCGGUAUGGUGGAAAGUUGACCACGUGCCGGUAAGUCGCAAGUUGUAAUAUCCGGAACGUAACGAUCGAACAAGAGGAAGUUGUAACCGUGGUGCGAGACGUUGACGUGUAAGUUGAACAAGUUGUUAAAGAAAUAAAAUAACGACAGUUCGCGAUGAGUAAACAGCAGGUAAAUAGCAGUGUUGCUACGCAACAAAAUGAACAGGGUGACGAAAGUGAAGCUGAAAACAGUGGUACAGACACGAUGAAUAAUACAAUAGUUGCUAAAAACCGAAUGGAGGAAACGCCUGGUGCCAAUGCAAGGGAAGAGCUGUCGGAGGAAAUGAUUGACAAAAUGAAAGUGUCUCAGCUAAGGGACGAGUUACAACGACGCAACUCGCCGACAGCAGGGAAAAAAGCAGAACUUCGUAGGCGGUUCAUAAAGUCGUUACAGGAUGAUGAGGAAUCGGACGAAGAACUAGACGCAAUCACCGCAGAAAGUGAGAAUGAUAGUUCAGAAGAAGAGGACAAACAAGUAGGAAAGCGUGAAAUGCAUAGGUGUAAGCGGACGAUGAAAGAAAGAAAUGAACGUGUGGAUGUACGUUCAGGGGGAAGCCCAUGCCAAGUAACAAGUGCAUUUACAAUCAAGGAUGUGGAAGGUAGUCUUUGUUACUUCACGGGAGAUGACAAAUUACCUAUUAAAAAGUGGGUCUCUGAUUUCGAGGACAUGAAUGAAUUACUUAGUUGGAACGACCUGCAAAAAUUUAUGUACGGGAAAAGAAUGCUGAAGGGAUCAGCGAAAAAGAUCGUAGCGUUUGAGAAAGGAAUAACCACGUGGGAGAAAUUAAAACGUAGGUUAAUACGGGAGUUUCAUGUGCGGAAGAAUAACGCGGAAGUACACGCCCAGUUGUACCGUCGCAGGAAACUGCCAAACGAGAGCAACGGUAUACCGGAUCAUAACGAGUCAAAUAAAGCUUCUCGAAGCUUGCGCGCGCUGAAAAAAAAAUCUUGAGACGUACGAUAGAUUACGUGAAAGAACAGACCGGAAGAGAGGAACAGUGAAAAAAGAGGAAAAGAAAGAGACAAAGGCAGUGGCAACUCGGCGUGACAUGAAAAAGGAAAAAACGAUUUUUUAAGCCAGCCCUCCACUUUCCAUAUAUUCCAACUUUUCCAAUUGUGCUAAGUUGUGCUAACAUUGUGCUAAAACAUCGCUCUCAAAAAAUGACUAAAAAAAAAUCUUACCAUAAAAAAGACAUUUCUAGUAAUAUGGAACAUAUUUAAUAUUAUUAUCCGUAUGCUUUGUCUGACAAACACAAUAUUGUACAGGGAGUACCAUUUAUCUCGCAACCCAUGCGCGCGCAAACUGAUGAAAAUGGCAAUAGCGCAAAAAUUCUAGAAAUGUAAAAAUCCGUACAGUUAAGUUGGUAAUUGAUUCGGGAUACGAGUACAUUGAGUUUCAUCGAACUUGUCGCGGCGCACAGUGGGACAAAACGGCUUUCGGCGAUCAAAACUCUGUAACUUCGGUUCUAUUGGAAAUAUUUUAAUCAAAUUUUGGUAAGUUUUUGCCUAUAUUAUGGUACUUAUGUUGUACCAAUAUGAAUCAUAUUGAACUACAGUGUAACGUGUAACGCAUAAAGUGUAUAAAGUGUAACGCAUUCAAUAUCCUUCACUUGUUAGACAUAUUUUAUGUCAUUUAACAAAGUUAACAAGUUCGAUGAAACCCAAUGUACUACAUACUGUUCGUUGCAGCUAACUAAGUUGCUACAAACUGAACCGACAGGGGGGCAAGGGGACUGUGCGUUCGCUCCACCUAAUCCCCUCCAGGAACCCGUAACUUGAGAAGUGAUCGGCCAGAUUGCAUAGGCGUAAAAUUUCCAUAUUUGCGGAAGAUACAUUUAACUAUAUGAACAUGUGAUU